GGGGAUUCCUCACAUUUCGAUAAGUUGAUUUCAGCGGACAGGACUUGACCGAAUUGAUUUUUGUUUUCGUUUGUAACAGAACGUGAUUUUUCCUAUCUGCUCAUUGAUGUGUACACCAUAAACAUUAUCGUUGUGGUACAAUACUGGACGGAUAAAAAUUUGUUUAACGGUUCAAUUUUUUUUUUCUGUGUGUGCUCCGGCCCGAAUGUUGGAUUAAUCAGUGCUAUUGACUGAAGAGGAUUUUAUUGAUGUGAUUUAGUGGAAUUCGUGUGACAUAAUAUCGAACAUUAAACGAAAUAAUUAGGAACUGCGUGUGUGUAUAUGGUACACACAUACAUAACAUGAUUUUCGCGCACAUUUUUCUGCCAGCAAUUCUGUUUGCAAUAUGUAAAGCUCAACCGCAAUCGUUCACACCAAACAAUGACCGACCGUCGAUGGACGAAUACAGACAUCUAGUACUCAAUUCAGUAGCACAAAUGAAAGAUUCCUGCCGUGUGUACGAUUACCUACUGGAUGUUGAUAAAAAAUGGACUGACGACGAUGGGAAACUAGAAGUUGCUCCGUAUGGCGCCACGGAGACAAUACGAAGCAAUCGAGACUUCUACAUUCACACAUUGCUGCGCAUCUUAAGGGAAAAUGCCAACGACGACGACCAGAACGAAGAACCGAGCGUAAUAUUCAGCGUAAUGUUGACGAAAUUUCUGUUAACCGAUUCGAAGCUGGACUCUCAACUGACUUCCAUGCUGCAAGCAAAAUGUUGUCGAGACAGUGACGACGACGCCCUGAACUGUUUGGAAAAACGCGAGCCUCGGACUAUAAAAAAAGUGAAAUUCCAUUCGUGGGGCGGAAAGCGAGACGGCAACAAUGGCAUUGAUAAUGUGCCGAAAAUCGUUUUACGAACACCGUUCCGGCCGUGGGGCGGCAAACGAGAUCAUCCCGAUGGUGGCAGGCGAAGCGACGAAUGGACAAAUGUAAGCCAAUGAAUGUGAAUUUUGUGAUUUGUUUUGUUUCUUGGGCAUAAAUUGGAAUGUAAAUUUAUCAAUAAACUUGUACUGGAAAAAGACA